AUGCGGCGCGGAUUACCUGGGUCUGUGAGGAGCCGUGGGUCUAGCACGUCCACGGUGGCAAGCGACCCACGGGAGAAGCUGCAAGACUGCUGUCGCAAGCUGGUGGCGUUUAUGUGCACACAGGUCGGCGUGGGCGGAUUGAUAGUGGGGUACGCCGUUGUAGGUGCAAUAGCGUUCAUGCACAUAGAGGGAGACAAGGACGUCCCUGAGACUGACAAAGUCAACAGCACUCGGUACAGGAUCGCCUUGCGACUCUGGGAGUUGACUACGGAUGAGAACGUGUUCAACGAGAGUGCUUGGAGUAUGAGGGCCAAUGAAAUACUAAAGGACUUCCAAGGAAACGUGGCCGAGGCUGUGAAAAAAGGUUACGACACGAGAAACGUCAAUGAGAGGUGGUCCUUUCCGGCCGCUUUGAUGUUUUCGCUUUCCGUUUUCACGAUGUUGGGCUACGGGAAUAUGGUGCCGAGAACUAGUUGGGGGAAACUAGUGACUGUUGUCUAUGCGGUUUUCGGCAUACCUUUGUAUGCGCUGUAUUUCAUGAAUAUGGGCAAUGUGUUGGCCCAAGUGUUUCGAUGGGUUUAUACCAAAGUGUACAUAUACAGUGUGGAAGAUAGACACAAGAGGAUGGAAGGAGACAUGUCUCAAGGACCAAGGAUUGUUGUGCCGUCGACAGCUUGUCUGUGGGUGAUGGGAGCGUACAUCGCCACGGGCUCUUUUAUGUUUUCAGCCUGGGAAGAUUGGACGUAUCUAGAUAGCACCUAUUUUUGUGUCACUAGCUUGUGCAAAAUCGGAUUUGGCGAUUUUGUACCUGGAGCCAACAUAUCGGAAUCAAAAAGUGGUAAUCAGACGAAGCUGGUUAUAAACUUUGUUUACAUUCUGUUGGGCAUGGGGCUGAUGGCGAUGUGCUACAACCUGAUGAGGGAGUUAGUGCGGGUCAAAAUGAGGGAUUUUAAAGAAAAUAUCGGUAUUUGUUUUGAAGUGAUAAGAUUGAGAGCGGUUGCUUGUUAUAGAAGACGGAGAUCAUUGGACUAUUAA